AAUUGAUAAUUUAGCAUUGUUGAUUCUAUAAAAUAUAUACUAUCAAUUUGAUAAAAAUGUUGUCAAUGUUACUGCGCGAUAACUUACUACGGACCGCUGGCACACCGUCGAACCUCACUAAAGUAGACAAAGUAUGAAGCACCGGGUUGCGAUUACACGUGUUUGUUCUUUGUCAAACGUGAAUCGACAUUUUCCUGUUUUUUUUCCACUUGUCCUGUCUAGCACAUAAAAGCGGAAUCAAAUAAAAUGCCAGUAGUAAUGCAAGUGUAUGACUAUGAUUAUCCAGUUGAAGAUCUUCAACUUUUGCUUGACUUAUUAAAGGCGUGGAAGUUGGAGUUCUUAUAUCAAAUAUUAGUUGAUGAAUUGAUUGAUAUAGAAGUGUUAAAAAUCAUACAAAAGGAUCAUAUUAAUGAAUUGAUAUCAAAAUUUCCUAUUGGUAUAAAAGUAAAAUUUACUUAUAAACUUCAAGAAUGGCAAAAAUGCAAUCCAAUAGUAAAUUUGCCAGUAAAUAAUCUUUCAUCAAUAUCAGUGCAGCAUACAACACCACCAUCUAUUAAAAUAUGUUUGCAAGAAGUUUUAAAUUCAACAGCAACUGGAAAAAUGAUCUUGGAUUACUACAAAAUCAACAAUAAAUUUAACAAAAGUAUAAGAACAUUAUUGGUUGAUGCAAUUAUUAAUUAUAUAAUAACAAAACAAAUUCCAAUGUCUGUAAAUCUGGCCUCCAGUAUUGGGUCAGAUAUUGUUAAAAUGUUUCAAUCUGAAGUGAAGGACACUUAUUUUAUGAAAGAUAAUGUGAAUAAAAACCCAAAAGGAAAGCUGUAUGCGAAGUAUUAUAAUUCAAUGAGGUCUCUUAAAAUUAGUGGUUUAGUGCCCAUUAAAGAACCUACUGUCAAAACCAUAUCACACAGUAGACAUGAUAUUGAAUUUGAACCUGAAGAUGACAUAACCUUUUUCCUGGAUAAAAUAAUGUAUGACAGUGAUUGCUCAUUUCCUGAACUUGAACAUAUGUGGAAACAAACCACAAAACAUAGAUUAUGGUGAAAUUCGAAAAACUUCCUCUACUGCUGAAAUUCUUCAAAAAUGGAAGAGUUAUUCUCAACCUUUUGGUCAUAGA